CAGUCUAGACUUGUACGAUUCGAUACGGUUUAAUCAGUGUUUGUUUUUUCCAAAUAUUGGAUUUGUUCAAUAAUAAUACAAUUCUCAAUAUAUAGAAUUUCAGCAAACGUAAUUUCGUAAUAUUGUGAAAGUGUUCUCUCUAACAAGUGAAUAAAUUAAACCGGCAUUUCAAAAGUAAAGUUCGCGGUCGUUUGAGUAUUAAUGCUACUCUAUUUAGUUGACAGAAGAAACAAGAACACCACCAGCAAAAGCUAAUAAUAAGAAAAAAAAAAAAGAAAAAUAAAUAACAAGAAGAAGAACAAGACAACCUGUCAAGUGUAAAAUAUAAAAAAAAUUUACAAAAUUAACAAAAACUGUGUGUUUCAAAAACAACGUCCUCAAAAUAAACGAUUAUGGCAACGAAAUCGAAACGCGCGGGUACUGCCACGCCCCAACCGGGUGGAACUAGUACUCCAUUGAUUACCAAUGCAAAUCGUCCUUCUAGCCCAUUGAGUCCAACACGCCAUUCACGUCUUGUGGAAAAAGCUGAAUUGCAGAAUUUGAAUGAUCGUCUGGCCGCCUACAUUGAUCGCGUACGCAAUUUGGAAACGGAAAAUGCCCGCCUAUCCAUCGAAGUGCAAACAACACGCGAUACCAUAACGCGUGAAUCGACCAACAUCAAGUCGAUGUAUGAAAAUGAGUUGAGUGAUGCCCGGCGUUUGUUGGACGAUACGGCCCGUGAAAAGGCCAAAUUGGAAAUUGACAUCAAGCGGCUAUGGGAAGAAAAUGAGGAAUUGAAGGCCAGAUUGGAUAGAAAAACCAAGGAUUGUUCAAUUGCCGAAGGAAAUGCUCGUAUGUAUGAGUCACGUGCCGCUGACUUGAGCGCCAAAUACAGUGCCGCAAAUGCUGACCGCAAAAAGGCCGUUGAUGACCUCAACGAAUUGCAAAAGGAAUUGGAGCGUCUACGCAAACAAUUGGAUGAGGCCCGCAAACAUUUGGAAGACGAAACACUGGCCCGUGUCGACUUGGAGAACAACAUUCAGAGUCUGCGUGAAGAGCUCACUUUCAAGGAUCAAAUCCAUUCGCAAGAGAUCAACGAAACACGCUCCCGCCGCCAAGUUGAAAUCAGUGAAAUCGAUGGCCGUCUCUCCGAACAGUAUGAGGCUAAGCUGCAGCAAUCUUUGCAGGAGUUGCGUGAACAAUACGAAGGACAAAUGCGUGCCAAUCGUGAUGAAAUUGAAAUGUUAUACGAGCAAAAGAUCAAGAGUCUUCAAGCUGCCGCCAAUCGUAAUUCGGGUGCAGCAUCAAGUGCUAUUGAGGAAUUACGUGCAACACGUACUCGUAUCGAUAGUUUGAAUAGUCGCAUUAGCGAAUUGGAGUCGACAAAUGCUGCAUUGAAUGCACGCAUUCGUGACUUGGAACAAUUGUUGGACAACGAACGCACCCGCCACGUUGCCGAUAUUGCAAAUUUGGAAGCCGAACUGCAACGUUUACGUGAUGAGAUGGCUCAGCAGUUGCAAGAAUAUCAAGAUUUGAUGGAUAUUAAGGUGUCAUUGGAUUUGGAAAUUGCCGCCUAUGACAAGCUAUUGUGUGGAGAAGAAACUCGUUUGAAUAUUACCCCCGGACCAGGAUCAGCAUCGGCCAGUUCCUUUAGCCAGUCGUUGCGUUCAACACGUGCCACACCACAUCGUAAGACCCCAAUGCGUGCACCCUCAACGGCAUCGGGUGCCUUCAAACGCAAACGUACCGUUGUCGAUGAAUCGGAAGAUGUUAGCCAAUCGGAGUAUUUUGUUACCAGCAGUGCAAAGGGUGAUAUUGAAAUAUCCGAAUUCGAUCCAGAGGGCAAAUACGUUAAGGUACACAACAAAGGUACCGGUGAAGUACAAAUUGGUGGCUGGCAAAUCAAACGUAAUGCUGAUGGCAAGGAGAAUACCUUUAAGUUCCAUCGCACAGUUAAAAUUGAUGGUGGUGCUACCAUUACGGUAUGGUCUUCCGAUGUGACAGGUGUCACACAUGAACCACCAACCAAUAUUGUAAUGAAAUCUCAAAAAUGGCAAAGUGGUGAAAGUAUAAAAACCUCCCUAUUCAAUGCUGAUGGCGAGGAGGUGGCCGGUGCUGAGCGUCUCAAACGCACCGUUAUACGUCAUGUGUCACGUCACCGUACCACCGGAGGCCACAGCAGUGGACGUCAAAGUGUGUCCGUUUAUGAUGGUGUGGGCAAUGAAGAUUUAUACCAUCAGCAAGGUGAUCCCGAACAGCAACAAGGCGAAGAGAAAUGCCGUUUAAUGUAGAAAAAAAGCAAAUGGAUUAAUUGCUGCCACUUUCCUCCGGUAUUUUAGAUGGGGGAAGAUAGCCACAAGAAAAAAUGAACGAGUUUUUAAGGUGUAAUUUUAGUGUAAAACAAAGAAAGGAGAGAGCUAUAGGCUCCAUAAACGAAGAUACGAUAUAUGACGCGCAACUUUACUAUUUUUUUUAUUAUUCUCACAUAUAAGAAAAAACAAUUGUAAUUGCUUCCUCUCCACAACACAC